AUAGAGAGGUUUGUUUUGUUCAUGUGUGGAGAGGAGGCUGCAGUCAGUGAUGAUUUUACAACACGCUGUCUCCUGCUGUUUAAAGGAUUUAGGCUGGGAUGAAAUGUUUUCUAAUAAUUAGUGAUUUUUGUGUUUGUUUAUUACCUGCACGGAGUUCCGUGAAAAGGAAAGCAUCCCUUUUCUGUGUUGAAUUUCACACACAGAGCAGAGCGCGUCAGUCGCAGCUACAGACAAGUCGAGCUUUUCAAUGAGAUGAUUUACUGAGAAACAAACGCGUUGAAGCUCCAGCAGAGCUCUGCGCGAUUCUGAAAGACCAAAGGAAAGUUACUCCUUGCAAAGCCUGUUGUUUGUGUUCUUUCUUUAUCACACCAGAAGAAGUGAUGAAUAUAUUUGAAUGGGAAGGCUACGAUAAAAACAGAUAUAUCUUACUAAAUACAAACCGAAGGCGGUGUUUCUGAAUGCAAAGAGGAUUCCGCUAGAGCAGUCUCAAACUAAACCAGUGAAGAUGGACGCGUCAGUGUCUCCGUGUCGUUGUUUCAAGACGAGCUCGCCUCCACCGUCGAGCUCGCAGUGAAAGCGGCUGCAGACAGCGUCGUGUGCGCGAUUACUGAAGCUGUGAGCAGCAAAUUCACUGAAUUACAAGAGGAAAUGUCUGCAGUGAAGAGAGAGAAUGAAAGUCUGAAGCUGAGAUUGGAAAUAUCAGAGAGCGAGCUGAAAGCCGUGCGAGGGUGUAUAAACGCUGCACAUGCAGACAUUAAACAGCCUUUCAUAUUUCAAGAUCCCAUUGAGAGCCACGCUAUCCCUGAAUCUGAAGCACAGGAAGGGCCAAAGAUAGAAGCAGUUUACACACAAGAGGAGUCCUUUGAGCAGGAGUGGUGUGCAAGUCUAAUACAGGUUACAGGGCUGACAUGUGUUAAAGAGGAAGACAUCCCUGAACAGGAAUGUGUUCCUAUUAAAGAGGAAUUCAUAGAACAGGAAUGUGUCCCCAUCGCAGAGGAACUUCCUACUGAAAAUAAUGUCUGUACACUUGAGGAGAACACCAAGCUGGGAUCCAACCUGUGUGAUGAUUCUCCAUCUGAAUGUGAUCUGGGAUUUGGAGCUUCUAAAGUAGCUGAAGGAGAACACGACUCCACUCCAUCACCCCUGUGCAAAAACUCUUCUAGAGGCAAACCACAGUGCAAGAAGCACAGAGAAACAACACCCCAAGAAGAAUAUGUGAAGACAUUGAGAACUCACUCAGUUAAAAUCUCUUCUUUACAAGACAGACACCCACUUACUGUGGAGAGUACAGAGACGACACAUUCUGCAUGUUUUAACAAUUCAGAAACCCAGGGCAACUUGAAGACCUUGCCUCAUUCUAUUAAAGGUGGGAAGAGUUCCUGUCAAUUAGACGCUCCUGAAACUCACAAGGGAAAUCCCACAGGAGGGACUACGUGUUCCUGGGCUGAUUGUGGGAAGAGUUUCAAUCAUAUAUCACUGCUUAAAAGACACCAGCGCAUUCACACAGGAGAGAAACCUUCCCACAUACAGUCCAGUGAUAAGAGUUUCACACAGUUAGGAAAUCUUCAUUCACACCAGCGCAUUCACACAGGAGAGAAACCUCAUCACUGCACUGAGUGUGGGAAGAGAUUCAGUCAGUUAGGAGACCUUAAAAGACACCAUAAAAUUCACACAGGAGAGAAACCUUAUCACUCUGCUGUUUGUGGUAAGAGAUUCAGCCAGUCUGGAGUCCUUAAAAGACACCAUCAAAUUCACACAGGAGAGAAACCUUACCACUGUGAUGUUUGUGGGAAGAGAUUCAGCCGGUUAGGAGACGUUAAAAGACACCAUCAAAUUCACACAAGAGAGAAACCUUAUCACUGUGAUGUUUGUGGGAAGACAUUCAGCCACAUAGGAAACCUUAAAAAACACAAAGCCAUUCACACAGGAGAGAAACCUCAUCACUGUGAUGUUUGUGGGAAGAGAUUCAGCCUGUUUGGAAACCUUAAAAGACACCAUAAAAUUCACACAGGUGUGUAAUCCUAUCCCUGUACUUAAUUGCUGGCUCUUACAGGAAUUGAACAUUCUCAGAAUUGCAGAGACUUAGAGACACUUAAACAACAGGAGGACAUUUGACUAAAUACAAAAAUAUUUACUGAAAACAAAAUAAUAAACUUGCUUGAUAAACAGGGUCACCCUAAUCACAAUCUGUUCAGAUCAAAAGCUCACAGACUCAAAUAUGAACAAGUACAUCUUGUAUUCAUCGUCUUGUUGAGCAUUCGGAUUGUGUUACCUCACAUUAGUAAUAUAUUAAAUAGAUUGUUAUUAUGAAUGCACGUUUCUCUUUCCUUUCUCUUGCGUUGCUCAGCCUCUUGCAGUGGGUUCUGUGGAAGCUUCCCCGAUACCACGGUGAAUCUGCGGUACCUCAAGACACAGCACAGUGUACUGCAGUUAUCAUGCGGGCAGCUUGCAGUGUAAAGCAGUACUGUUUCCAGCAGGGGGCACCAGAGAGCUUUUAGGAAUGUAAUGGGCUGCAUAGCAUUGCUUCUUAACGAGAUGAUUUCUGCUCAGGAUGUGUUUAAUACUGCCCUCUCUCUCUCUCUCGGGUACUCUAUUAACAAACGCAGGUUCUGUGUUUUUAAUAUCAAUUUGUUGAUUGACAUCGAGACUGCUAAACCAAAUAAAAUCUAUAUUAAAAAUGUUUUGCUGCCUGUAUUAAAUGCUGUUUUAAAUGUUGUUCAGUGUCUUGUCAAUCAAGGAUUUCAUUUUAAAACUCCAGUAAUAAAUACCGUAGAUGUC